CAAGAUGGAUUUACAAAUCUCUGUUUUUCUUCUGUUCAUUCUUUUCACUCCAGGACACUCUCUCAGCUGUUAUGAGUGCACGGGUCUGAAGGGUUCUUGUGCGAAUCAAAAAGUAAAAACAUGUCCCAGUCGAUUUUCCAAGUGCAUGAGUACAACGGCUGUAACACAAGUUGGUGACAUUAGAGCUAAAGUGAAGGCUAAAGAUUGUGCUGUUGACUGUGCAAGUGGGUCCAUGAACCUCAGCAUUAUAAAGAGGUCUUCAGUGUGCUGUAACACAGACCGGUGUAACAUCCAGGAUGCUCCAGAUCCCAGCAUUGACUCCAAUGGAAAGAAAUGUUACUAUUGUGAUGGGAAGAACUGCUCAAACACAGUGAGCUGUUCAGGGAGUGAAGACCAGUGCAUUACAUCAUCAGCGAGUUACGGAGAGCAGUCACUGGUUGUAAAAGGCUGUGUCUCUAAAUCUAUUUGUGAUUCCACAACAUCAGAUGGUGAUGUUCAGAAGAUCUUAUGUUGUUCAGGGAAUCUGUGUAAUGGUGCUCAGAGCGUCACUCAGAGUGCUAACAGUGCUAAAAAUGUCACUCAGAGCUUCCUGUUCCUGUGCGGUUCUCUGCUCUCCUUCAUCCUGCUGCACUGAAUCCAGCAGCUCUUCACAUUCUACACAGAGACACACUGUACUGAAUAUAGAGCUUGUACUUUCUCUGUAUCUGUAGUGUUCUAAUGUGACUGUUUGCUGUGACAUUUAUGUAAUAUUUAUGUAAUAUUAAGUGACCUUCAUGCUGUAAGGACAACUUAAAUAUAUA